AUGCUUGAUGUUCAGCAGUCCAUGCUUAAAACGCUUUUCGAUUCCUUUAUCUCCACUGUCAAUGCAAGAGUCGAUAAGUUGGCAGACUCAAUCGCGUCUCUCAAAGCAAGCCUUGAAUUUACACAAAAGGAUUUCGGAGAUUUGUCGUCCUUAAAAUCGAAGCUCGUGGGCGCCGAAAAGGAUAUUGUUGAAAUCAAAAACACUGUGGAGCUUCAGGGAAACAAAAUAGAGUACCAGGAAAACCAGAGCAGACGAAACUACAUCAGAGUAUUCGGUAUACCAGAAUCGGCUGGCGAGACUUGGGAAAUGGCUGAAACGAAAGUGAGGGCCGCGAUCAAGGAGAAGCUCAACAUUGAAGUUGACAUCGAGCACGCUCACCGUGUUGAGCGUAGAAAGUCUGGAGGAAUCAAUUAACACCAAGCUGAUGCAAAGCCUAGAGUUAUUGUGUGCCAACUGAGUAGUUGGAAGCAGAAAGAAACUGUAAUAAGAAAGGCAAGAAAGGAAAAACCAGAAGGACUGUUUAUUUGCGAAGAUCUUUCGCAAGCGACGCUUGAAAAGAGGAAACCUCACUUGGAGAAGCUCAAGGCGGCCAAGCAAGCAGGAAAAUCAGCAUAUUUUAUCUUAGAUCGCUUGAUCAUUCGUGAUAAGCCCUCCGGUUCUUCAAAUGAUUAA